CUGAUGGAAACCUCUACAAAAACUGAUACCCAGAUCAAAUAAACUACAUGUGGAAAAACUGAUAAAUUUAAUAUUUUCCUUGGACAGCGAGCUUCAUGAUAAUUUCAAAUAACUUUGAGACUGUUUAGAUAGAAGGAAUCUUCAAUGGAUAGCAAGCAGAAAGAUUCCUUUCUCAUUUUGGUUGACUUUUCAUACUUGGUCUUGAGCCUUUAACCGAUAGUUUAAUACCCCGUAAUAAUUCACUUAGAAAGUGAGGAAAAGGGAGAGAGAGGACAUCCAAUUAGGAGAAGAAAGAUGGAGGUUAGGUACAGUAUCAUCAUAUCGUUAGUGUUGUUUCUCUUGGUCAACCUGUCCCUUCCACGUUUCACCGAAUCGUUGCCACGAUGCAAAGCUUGGUUGGUCCAAUCAAUCCCAACAGACAUGCCUCAUCUCCCUCGUGUCCCUGGUGUCCUUUCUACCGGCGAUGUGUUCAAGUGGUUGGCCUACAACUCAACGGACAAGCUAGAUAUAAUAGCUCAGUAUUGGCAGUUAAAAGCACAUCCAGAGGAUUCUCGAUCAGGGGAUUAUGGAUACUCAAAGGAUGAUAUGCAACGGUUUGGUGCCCAUCAAGGUUUUUCUGUUUAUACAGCCCUGGAAAAUGCUGCUGAUCGAGAUGUUGAUAUAAGAUUACUACAGCACUCUGGAGUCUAUCCUGACUACACCCAAGAGCCCUCCAGCCUUGCUUCAAGAAGACCAAAUGUCAAGAGUGUGACUUUAUUACUUGAUAAAUGGUGGGGUUCAGGCAUUGUCCAUGCAAAAGUUUGGAUAUCAGAUAAUCGAGAUGUAUAUAUAGGAUCAGCAAACAAUGACUGGAAAUCUUUAACUCAGGUGAAGGAAGUUGGAAUUUAUCUUGUUGGUUGUCCAAAAGUAGCGAGAAAGGUUGGGGUCUACUUUCAGAAUCUAUGGAGACUUGCACAUCUUAAUUUUUCAGCUUACACAACAACAGUAUUAGACCAACAAUGGCAGAUUCAAAGAAAAGUUCCCUGCUGGUCGCAUUUCAUUGAAUCUGACAUGAGAUGCACGCCACGCCUUCCUCGUUUUGUGGAGAUUCCUUAUGUGGCAGGCUAUCCUACACUGUCAGACCCUAAAAUGUUGAAAUUGAUUAUUGAUGCUCCUGGUGUUGGUUAUAUAAGUUCAGUGCCUCAAUCAAGCUAUUUGUCUUUUGCUCCACCAGAGCUGUCAUUUGGCAGGUUCCAGCCUGAUGAACAGGCAUGGCUAGAUACGAUUAAAUCUGUUGGAGAUGGAGGGACUGUAAGGAUCAGUACUAUGGACUGGCUUGGUCAAUCCCAAUAUACGGAGCGAACAGUUUAUUGGUCAUCUCUUUCAACUGCUGUCUCAGAGGUUGUCUUCUCUAAACAUGCAAAAGUGAAGAUACUGGUAGCAUACUGGGCACACUUUAUCGACAACACUGAUCUCUACCUGAAGUCACUUCUCUACUCCAAUGUCCUCUGCUCAUCUUCAAAGUACAACAAAUGUUCAGGCAAAGUUGAGAUCAGGUACUACAAGGUGCCAGGUUACAACCUGACUGGACCUGCCACUCACAAAGGAAAGCGAACUAGUAAUAUCUACCCGGCCUACACCAGAGUCAAUCAUGGUAAAUAUGCAGUCAGUGACGUUCGUGCACACAUUGGUACCAGCAAUCUCGUUUGGGAUUAUUUCUAUGCAACAGCAGGAGUCAGCUUCGGGACGUAUAAUCCUGCCAUUGUUUCACAGCUUCAAGAAAUCUUCGAUGCAGAUUGGAACUCGCCCUAUGCUGUUCCAGUUGAAGAGUUGGGUGAUGGUCAUGCUUAUUCUAGUUGAUGAUCAGUCUUAUUGGAGUAAGCUAGCUCCAAAACAAUGAACUCAAUGGCUUGUAUUAGCAACUUCACCCCAAAAAACAAAACAGAAUCCAUUUUCUUUGAAUUGAUCAUCUUUAAGUCUGGAGACUUGUUCAUCCAGAAAAUUUGCAAUGCCUAUCAAUGCCACUUCUCCUUUAUUAUCCUAA